AGGAGAAAACAUCCCAAGGAAAAUGCCGCAGCUGAACAGCGGUGGAGGGGAUGAUCUGGGGGCGAACGAUGAAAUGAUCUCCUUUAAGGACGAAGGGGAGCAAGAGGAGAAAAUCUCCGAGAACGCUCUCACCGAGAGGGACUUGGCAGACGUGAAGUCAUCGCUAGUCAACGAGUCGGAGACUAACCAGAACGCAAAUCCUGCAUCCGAUCCAGAGGCGAUCACACGUUCUCGGGACAGUCAAAGAAUUUACCAAGAUAAAUCCAAAGAACACAUCGAUGACGUUACAAAGCAGCGUCAAGAUGGAGGUAUGUUCAAAGGGACAGCCUACUCGGGGUAUCCCCACUUUCUGAUGUUCCAGGAUCCCUACCUGGCCAAUGGAUCCCUCUCUCCCUCUUCUAACAAGGUUCCUGUGGUGCAGCCAUCCCACGCAGUCCAUCCUCUCACGCCCCUCAUCUCCUACAGCAACGAGCACUUUGCCCCCAACUCCCACUCGCCACACCUUUCAUCUGAAAUCAACCAGAAAACAGGUUUGCAUAGAUCUCCUCAGGGUCCAGAUUUGGCUGCUUUCUAUUCUAUGUCUCCUGGCAGUGUAGGACAGAUCACCCCUACAAUGGGCUGGCAAGGUCAGUCUGUCUAUCCAAUUACAUCAUGUGGAUUUAGACAACCUUACUCCUCAGCGCUUCCAGCCAGUACUUCCAUAUCCAGGUUUCCCCAUCCUUUGGUGUUGGGCCCACCAGGCAUGCACUCUACAGGAAUCCCCCAUCCUGCUAUUGUGAGCACUUCCAGCAAACCAGACAUGAAUCAAUAUGACAAUGGUCUCAGAUGUGUGAAACCUAAUCCUGAACCAAAAAGGGAAAAAGAGAGUAAAAAGCCAACAAUCAAAAAGCCCCUCAAUGCAUUUAUGCUCUACAUGAAAGAAAUGAGGGCAAAGGUCGUAGCCGAAUGCACUCUGAAAGAGAGUGCAGCCAUCAAUCAAAUUUUGGGUAGAAGAUGGCAUGCUCUCUCCCGCGAAGAACAGGCAAAGUACUAUGAACUGGCAAGGAAAGAGCGACAACUACACAUGCAGCUUUAUCCAGGCUGGUCUGCCAGGGAUAACUACGGUAAAAAGAAAAGGAGGAAAAGAGACAAGCAGCAAGAUUCUGAUCCAGAUCCAAGCUCUCCUAAGAAAUGCCGGGCACGCUUUGGCCUUGACCAACGGACAGACUGGUGUGGCCCUUGCAGGAAGAAAAAGAAAUGCAUUCGGUACAUGCAAGGAGAAGCCAGGUGCACCAGCCCAGUUUCUUCAGAUGGAAGUGUGAUGGACAGUCCUUCCUCUCCUCCUAAUGCACUCCAGCCUUCAGAAGAAACUUCAGCCAAGCUUGCUAAUUCUGCAGACUUAGCACAACAAACGCAGCCAAACCCAGUCCCUUACUCUGAUCAACCCCAGCCUACCACAGAUCUCACUGGACUUUCUGUACCCUCUACAUCGGAUUCUCAACAAUAUUGUAGUACUUUAUUCAACAUCCCUCGCCAGCAUACGAUGCCAAGAUAAUGGCCAACUUGUACCGUGAUCACUGAUUAACUAGUAAUACCCUAAUGCAUGAAUAUGGAGAUUCCACAAUGUCUUUGGCCAGGCCCAACCAGUGUAGUGCACAUUCAAAGAACAAGUGCUUCUAACUUGUGCUUAAACUUUGGCAUGCUCUCAGGACACAAAACAAAACCUGAUUCUACUCUUUCAAGACUUUCCAGUGUGUAGCAUUGAAUGAUUCAUUGUCAUUUCAAGUGUUCCCAGCAGUAUUUGUUUUGAUUAUACAUACUUGAUGGAAUUCAAAAAUUCAGAUAUACAGUCAGUUUUCUUAUGGUCUUUCAUCCACCAAAGUCAGGCUCUGUAUAUAUUUGUGUUUGCCAGUAUAUCAGUAUAUCUUUCUCAUUCACACAAUUAUAAGUUAGUAUAAGUUGUCUCUUCCUCAACCUUAAGUAAUGGAGACAGUUUUGAAUUGGAAUUUAUGAGUUUAUUCUAAUUUUGGAUAUUUUACAAACAAAACUUCUAAGGCUUCUGAUUUAUUGUUAUUUUCAGCACCAAAUCAGAAUAGAAGAGUUCAACUAUAUAUUAUUACUUAAAAUGAAUGCAGUGGUCCAUAAAUUGUAAUGUAUUACAUUUAAUUUGCUUAGGGAACAUUUCUCUGCAUAAAAAGGACCUAUUGAUUGAUAACCUUUAUGAAAUUUUAAAUAUUGAAGGCAACACCUCCAGAUGUUGGUUGGUUAGCUUUUGACCCCAUACCUCAACUAUCCUCUGCACGUGCUUUCGAUAUGCCUGCUUCUGUCAGAAAAUGUCACUUUUGAUCAAGGCAACAGGAAAACAACAUGCUUUCGAUAUUACGUGGAAGAGAUUGCAUCUCAUUUUUCCUCCUCCAUCCCUGCUCCAAGAUAUCUUGGUAAGGCAUUGGUCAGGGGUAGAUAAAAUUCAAUCUGUACAGAUUUAUACACCCUGAUUUAUUUAAAAUUCAUUGCAUUUUAAUGUACAGUAUUGAAAUUUGAUACAAUUUUUGGACCUAUGUUUUUUAACAUUAAUUUUUAAAGUGUAAUUGAGUCACAUAGUGGACAGUUAACAACAGCUUUUUGAGCACAAAGUUGCCACAGCUAAGUACUGGCUUUUCAAACUAUAAGCAAUUAUUGUGUGGCAAACAUGAAAAAUCCAUAAGGGAUGGAGCUGGAAGUUUGAAGUAGGAGUAAGAUUGGGAGGAAGAAUCAUAAGUUCAGACAAGCCUGUUUGAUAUCCAUGAUAAAUAAUUCAGGCACAACUUUUAGCAGAAUAGCCCCAUACUCAGGAUACCUACUCCACCCUUCUAGGUGAAGUUCACGCAUUUAGGCAUGAAAAGCUGCAUCUUAUUUUCGAAUGCACAUAUUUCAAAAAGUAGCAUAAUAAUUUGCGUUCCAUGCUUGCUCGUAUAAUAUUCAUAGCAGCCAAGUAUUUGUCCUCCUUAACCCCUGUCUCCUCCAAACCCAUUUGGUACAAAUGCACUCUCCACUACUUAUUUUCAGGCUGAAAUGACCAGAUGGGGAAGCGGGAGAUUACAUUAUCAGCAGUGGGAACUGUGAUAAAUCUCUUUGGGGCAACUAAUUUGCCCUUGUUUAUGACUACUGGGCCUGGAGAAAUCUCAUACUUUGAAAAUCUCCCAGAUGUCAGCAGUUAUGAGAUUCACACCAGUGUUGGACACACGGGCCAUAGGUAAAUCAAACUAAAUGUUAUUAAUAUCAAACUAGACUGUGAGAUGAAGUUCUAAUGGAACAGAUAGUGUAGACGCUUAGAUCAAUAUCUUCUCAAAUUUCUGUCUGGAUCUGAACGUAACAGAAACCAAUGAGUUGAAAAACUCCCCCUCUCACAGCCACGCAAUCCCAUGGGGAUUGAGUCUGAGAAAGUCUCCGUCCACUGGUAAAAAAACUCCAGAUUUGACAGGUUCACAAUUUAAUAUCAAACUAAGAGUUUAAAUCAGAAAGCCGUAAGAUAGACUACUGUAGAAUUUGGAAGUGUGCACUACCUCACAAGGAUUGCAUUCCUGAAGUAGGGCAAAGACAUAUCAUUAGAAGGAUAAAGGAAAGCUUCAUCCUGCAUCCUCCACCCGACACAGGGUGUGGACAGUAAAAUAAAAAGUUUCAUUUUUCAGCAUUGAUCGCCCAUACCUAGUGAGCAUAAAAACAAAGUAAUGACUGAAUUCCUCAACUGCAGUGGAAAUAUAUAAUCAAAUGAAGUACUAUCUGUGGCAGCUGCUAGAUCUCAUUUAAUGUAGCAGGUUUUAUGCAAGAGCUACAGAUUUGGAUCCAAACCCGACAUUUGUGCAUCUCCUUCCCCCCCUCCUUCCAUAUGUUGAAAUUUCUAUGUUACUAGUUUGAAGAGAAAAAUGAAUCAAUAAAGAUAUUUUUUUGUCUGAGGUAUAGCAUCUGAAAACAUUUAUUUUAAAUAGUAAUAUUUGCUUUCUAUGUGUAUUACAUUGGUUGAUGGGUCUUUUCAUUGCUAUUAUAAGUCUGCUAUCCAGGCAGUAAAAAAAUUAACAUUUAUACUGUCAAACAGAUAAAUGAGGUCAAUAUUUGACUUGGAUGUACCUUUAUGAACCCCUGAAAUGGUCAAACAAUCACUUAGUUUUGUGGUUAUUACUUAAUUUUCUUGCCUAUUUGUAUAAAAAGAUUGAGAGAAAAAAAACAAAAAAAUAUAUAAAUAUAAGACGAUGCUUCUGCUUUUCUGUGUGUGUAUUUCAGGCUGAUGUAAUAUUUUUAUGAGUUAUAUUUUUAGGGAAUUAAAAAGAAAAGUAGAAAUAGACAAGGAUUUUAUAAUAGCUAUAUUAUUUAGUAUUUUCCACUAAGUUUCAUCUUCCAUGACAAGAUAUCAAAAAAAUGUCAGCUGUUUCUUCUUCCUUCACACAAGACCUGUUUGCAUUUUUGUAGAAAACAGCUUUCAAAGAUGUAGCUAUCUCAUACCCUUCAACAAUUACAGUCCCAGCAAAGUGCCAGUAACGUAUAGGCAACACUCAUGUUGACAGAAAACCAAAAAUUUUAAGUAAA